AUGGAGUCCCCGCCAGAUCCAGCGAGCGACCCGGGCAACAGCGCCUCGGAGCCGGCUACCCCGGUCAGGGAAACCCCGGUAAACCUGGAGACGCUCCGGAAAGCGGACCAUCCAGCCCCGGUUCGAAGGCAGACCUGCUCCAGCACAAACAGAGAGCUUCGAUGUGAGCCUCUGGUGUUCGGGGGUUCCUCUGACAGCCCGGAUCACGGGGCUGAUACGGUCACAGAUGUCACAUUUUACUCUGAGCGCGAGAUUAAUCAGUUAUCCAACAACUCCGAAUCGACCACCGGGACCGUCUUUUUUUCGUGCCCAAACGGGCCAGCCCCGUGCAACCCGACGCGUUAUGGUCAAAGUGUCGAAAAUUUCGACUGUUCCUGCGCGAAACAGCCGCCCCAGCAGCUGGAAUUUGUUUAG